AACAGUUUGAUGAUAAAAGCUAUGGUGGUUGCGCUAUCUUCCUCAGGCGUCGCCUUUCAUAUUCACUCUCCGCCGUUGUCUUCGUCGUCAGGUUUAUCCUCCAGUAGAUUUCUGUUUUGGAAUCAGAAAUCUAGUCCUUGUGUUCUAUCAAUUCCAAUUCUUCGUCCUUCUCGCUCUGUACUUGUUUCUGCUCGGGGGAAGAAUCGGAAGGGAUUCGUGUCUUCGUCUUCUUCGUCCCCAAAGAGGAACAAAAAGAAAGGUUUCGCGGGAGAUGAUAAUGGAGGAGGUGAGGAGGAGGAGGAUCCAUUUGAGGCACUGUUUAAUCUACUGGAAGAAGACUUGAACAAUGAUAAAUCGUCAAUUGAUGAUGAGGAGAUAAGCGAGGAAGACUUGGAUGCACUAGCAGCAGAGUUAGCUGAAGCAUUGGGUGGUGGUGACGAUGUUGAUGGCAUCGAUUUGUUCGGUUCAGCUACUGGUGAUGUUGUUGAGGAUGAAGAUGAUGAUGAUGACGUCGAAGAUGACGACAGCGAAGAAGAUGAAAGACCGACUAAGCUGAAGAAUUGGCAACUCAGAAGAUUGGCUUAUGCAUUGAAAGCUGGACGCCGUAAAACUAGUAUAAAAAAUCUGGCAGCUGAGCUUUGUCUUGACAGGGCUUAUGUUCUCGAACUGCUACGUGACCCGCCUCCGAAGCUUCUGAUGCUAAGUGCUACACUGCCAGAUGAAAAACCGCCAGUAGCAGCACCUGAAAACUCCUCACCUGAUCCAGUUCCUGUGGAAUCAUCAUCGGCUGAAGAUGGUGUUGCGGUCGAACCAGAGGAAAAAGUAAAAGAAGAGGCAGUCCAUGUGAUGCAACAGAGAUGGUCAGCUCAGAAAAGAGUGAAGAAAGCUCACAUUGAAACACUAGAAAAAGUUUACAGAAGAUCAAAACGACCCACUAAUGCUGUGGUUAACAGCAUUGUGCAAGUGACCAAUCUUCCAAGGAAGCGAGUUUUGAAGUGGUUCGAAGAUAAAAGAGCAGAGGAUGGAGUUCCAGAGAAGCGAGCUCCAUAUCAAGCUCCCGUUUGA